GCGCCGCUCGGCCCCGCCCCUGCCCCGCGGGCGCUCGCUUUCUGUCAGCUUCUGUCCCGAACCCUCUCCCAGCGCCCCUGCCUCCUGUCGCACCUGAGCGCACGCACCUGCCGGCCGGCUCCUCUCCCUCCGCUCCUGCGCCCUCCCUCCCUCCUUUGCCCGCCGGGCCGGAAGGCUUGGGCCGGGCGCGGGAGCCUCGCGGCUGCGUCACCGCGGACCGCAGACAAGAUGGACACCGCGGAGGAAGACAUAUGUCGAGUGUGUCGGUCAGAAGGGACGCCUGAGAAACCUCUUUAUCACCCUUGUGUGUGUACUGGCAGUAUUAAGUUUAUCCAUCAGGAAUGCUUAGUUCAGUGGCUGAAACACAGUCGAAAAGAAUACUGUGAAUUAUGCAAGCACAGAUUUGCUUUUACACCAAUUUAUUCCCCAGAUAUGCCUUCACGGCUUCCAAUCCAAGACAUAUUUGCUGGACUGGUUACAAGUAUUGGCACUGCAAUACGAUACUGGUUUCAUUAUACGCUUGUGGCCUUUGCAUGGUUGGGAGUUGUUCCUCUUACAGCAUGCCGCAUCUACAAGUGCUUGUUUACCGGCUCCGUGAGCUCACUACUGACACUGCCACUAGACAUGCUGUCCACGGAAAACUUGUUGGCGGAUUGUUUGCAGGGCUGUUUCGUGGUGACAUGCACACUGUGUGCGUUCAUCAGCCUGGUGUGGCUGCGAGAACAGAUAGUCCAUGGGGGAGCCCCGAUCUGGUUGGACCACGUUGCACCGCCCUUCAAUGCUGCGGGGCACCACCAGAAUGAGGCUCCAGCAGGAGGAAAUGGUGCAGAAAAUGCUGCUGCUGAACAGCCUGCCAACCCACCAGCUGAGAAUGCAGUGGUUGGAGAAAACCCGGAUGCACAGGAUGACCAGGCAGAGGAGGAAGAGGAAGACAAUGAGGAGGAAGAUGACGCGGGCGUGGAAGACGCAGCAGAUGCUAAUAAUGGAGCCCAGGAUGACAUGAAUUGGAAUGCUCUGGAAUGGGACCGAGCUGCAGAAGAGCUUACAUGGGAACGAAUGCUAGGACUUGAUGGAUCACUAGUUUUUCUUGAACAUGUCUUCUGGGUGGUGUCUUUAAAUACUCUCUUCAUUCUUGUUUUUGCAUUUUGCCCUUACCACAUUGGUCAUUUCUCCCUUGUUGGUUUGGGAUUUGAAGAACAUGUCCAAGCAUCUCAUUUUGAAGGCCUAAUCACAACCAUAGUUGGGUAUAUACUUUUAGCAAUAACACUGAUAAUUUGUCAUGGCCUGGCGACUCUUGUUAAAUUUCAUAGAUCUCGUCGCUUACUGGGAGUCUGCUAUAUUGUUGUUAAGGUCUCUUUGCUAGUGGUGGUAGAAAUCGGAGUGUUCCCUCUCAUUUGUGGCUGGUGGUUGGAUAUCUGUUCCCUGGAAAUGUUUGAUGCUACUCUGAAAGAUCGAGAACUGAGCUUCCAGUCAGCUCCAGGCACUACCAUGUUUCUGCACUGGCUGGUGGGGAUGGUGUAUGUGUUCUACUUCGCCUCCUUCAUUCUGUUGCUCAGAGAGGUACUUCGGCCUGGUGUCUUAUGGUUUCUAAGGAAUUUGAAUGAUCCAGAUUUUAACCCAGUACAGGAAAUGAUCCACUUGCCCAUUUAUAGGCAUCUUCGAAGAUUUAUUUUGUCAGUGAUCGUCUUUGGCUCCAUCGUCCUUCUGAUGCUUUGGCUCCCGAUACGGAUAAUCAAGAGUCUGCUGCCGCAUUUUCUCCCCUAUAAUGUCAUGCUUUAUAGUGAUGCUCCAGUGAGUGAACUGUCCCUUGAGCUGCUUCUGCUUCAGGUCGUCUUGCCAGCAUUACUGGAGCAGGGACACACGAGGCAGUGGCUGAAGGGGCUCGUGCGUGCGUGGACCGUCACUGCAGGGCACUUGCUGGAUCUUCAUUCCUAUUUACUGGGAGACCAGGAAGAAAAUGAGAACAGUGCGAAUCAACAAGUGAACAAUAACCAGCAUGCUCGAAAUAACAACGCUAUUCCUGUGGUGGGUGAAGGCCUGCAUGCAGCCCACCAAGCCAUCCUCCAGCAGGGAGGUCCUGUUGGCUUUCAGCCUUACCGCCGGCCUUUAAACUUCCCACUCAGGAUUCUGGUGUUGAUUGUCCUCAUGUGCGUGACGUUGCUGAUCGCCAGCCUCAUCUGCCUUACCUUACCAGUAUUUGCUGGCCGGUGGCUAAUGUCAUUCUGGACGGGCACUGCCAAGAUCCACGAGCUCUACACGGCUGCUUGUGGUCUCUAUGUGUGCUGGCUCACCAUACGGGCCGUGACAGUGCUGGUGGCGUGGAUGCCCCAGGGGCGCAGAGUGAUCUUCCAGAAGGUGAAAGAGUGGGCUCUCAUGAUAAUGAAGACUUUGAUUGUGGCAGUGCUGCUGGCUGGGGUUGUCCCGCUCCUUCUGGGGCUCUUGUUUGAGCUGGUUAUUGUUGCUCCCCUGAGGGUUCCUUUGGAUCAGACACCUCUUUUUUAUCCAUGGCAGGACUGGGCACUUGGAGUCCUGCAUGCCAAAAUUAUUGCAGCUAUAACACUGAUGGGUCCCCAGUGGUGGCUGAAAACUGUAAUUGAACAGGUUUAUGCAAAUGGCAUCCGGAACAUUGACCUUCACUAUAUUGUCCGUAAACUGGCGGCUCCGGUGAUCUCUGUGCUCCUGCUGUCCCUGUGUGUCCCUUAUGUCAUCGCUUCUGGUGUUGUUCCCCUCCUAGGUGUAACUGCUGAAAUGCAAAACUUAGUCCACCGGCGGAUUUAUCCAUUUUUACUGAUGGUCGUGGUAUUGAUGGGAAUCCUGUCCUUCCAGGUCCGCCAGUUUAAGCGCCUUUAUGAACAUAUUAAAAAUGACAAGUACCUUGUGGGGCAGCGCCUGGUGAACUAUGAGCGAAAGUCUGGCAAGCAGGGCACCUCUGCGCCUCCUCCACCGUCGUCCCAGGAGUAAAGCGGUUGUUUCAACUCCUUGGCCUUCCCCUUGCCUUUACAUGUCCUCUUUGUGGACUUCUCGCUUUGGAGAGUUCUUGUGGUCUCUCAGCGUUGUUUUUAAGUUGACUGUACUUGACUUGUAUCCUCAGCAUUCAGAGAGCAGCUCAUACAGCUCUGCUGCUCCUCCCUGCAUCUGCCGACAUCACUGCUGUCUGAGAUCUGUAUAUGUGUACAUAGAAGUUCCUUGAUACCCUAAAACCUCGGAUUAAAUAGAAUGUGCAUUGUACAUCUUUAAACAAAUGUAUAUUAAUUUAUUAAAUCUAGUUGUCACUUUAUUUUGGACCUGCUGUGAUCUCGACAGGAAUCGUGCCACAGAGCAAUAGUGCACAGGUGAAACUUCAGUGCCGCCUUGUGGAGCCAGCUCAGGCUCCCCCUUGGUACCUGUAUGUCUAUCUGUCUGUCUGGGCUGUUCCUGCCUUUCGGGGACUGAGAGGAAGCAGGUAGACGUCAGCAGCGGGGUGGGUGUCUGUGGUAAGAAAACAUGAAUUGUGCCCUUCACUGUCCGUCGUUUUCAGAAGUUAUUUUGUAUAACACCAAAGCUGUUGUACAUUUUCUACUGCCUGGUUUUUUUCAUGUGUCUGUGUUUGUAAUAUUGUAUAGUAUCUUGUGCUAGGUGAGGAGAUUAUUUUUAAUUUUGAUAAUUAAUAUGCCUAGUGAUGAGCAUUGGGAGUCAGGUUUUUGUGCUUGUUAGGGGCAUGUCUGUUCUUAGGGGAAAGAGGCAAAAAAAAGAAAGGUACAAAUGAAGAUUUUCAUUAGUUCCCUGUACAUGCCUUCCACACAGCUCUUUCUUUUUGACCAGUUUUCUUUUCUUUUUCUCAUGCAAGGCCAUAAAUCUUAGGGAGUAACAUCACCAAUAACACUGCAUCUUACUGGGUGUCGGACAUCCUGAGAUGCUUGUCAAGUGGACGUGGUGUGGUCCUGGAUUGCCAGCAUUAGGGAAGACUGGUUAGCAUGCCUCGUCCAGCUAGUCAGUGCAUCACUGGGAGAGGAUUAGUGAGCACAUUUUCCUCAGUAAAUCAAGUUUCCAAAGCUUUUUGUUUACAGAAUAAAACUGCAAAGGAAGCUGGCUGAGCUGGCCUUUUAACAUAGGAAUGUAUUUCAUUGCAAACGUGCUGUAAAAAAGCUUAGAGAACUGAACACUCACAAACCCGAUUUCCCUUAUAACCAAAGCGUCAAGUUCAGAGUUUGGAGGAAUAGAGUGGCUGGUUACAUGAUCUGAGUAUUUAAUGCUAAUGAUACAUGGCGAGGGUACUGUUUGCUUUUGAGGGACAGUUUAGACAUUCUCAUAGAAGUGGACAGUGUAGGUCUUUAGAAACCAUAAGAAUUUCCAUACAGUAUUAUAACCCAUAGAUUAAAAUUGAGAGUUUUUUUAAAAUACGAAAGUAAGCCAAACAUAAGCUACCAAAAUCAAGAGCAACGUGUUAUGAUGGUUCUGUUUUUUUUUUUUUCCCUAAGUGAUGAGAUACUUUAAAAUUCAUUUUAAAACAUCAGUAUCAAAAAAUGCUCAACAUAGAAUCAGUGUUAACACUCUUUAGCGCUUUGUAGUAGCCCAUUCUCUUGUUUUGCUAGACCUGUACUCAGAAAUAGAGUCCUACUGUAAAAAACUCGGAGCAUUUAAAAGUGUAAUGGCACCUAUCAUGGUGUAUGGCUACAUAGGUUGUUCUUUUCAUGAGAAAAAUAUUGAAUUGGGCAUAUAUGUUGAUCGUAUUACUUUAGGUUUCUUUUUAAUUUUCAGAGAAUUUGUAGAUCUUGAUUUAAAGUCAUUAGAACACAUUUUAACAGAUGUAGGCAGAUACCACGAAAGGUUAAAGAUUGUUAAUCCUAUGAAAUUUUAAAUGAAUCUUACGUUUUGUUUAAAAAAAUAUGUGUGCGUGUGUGUAGCCAAAAAUUGUCCUUGUUCUCACUGGCGGAUAACUUUAUAUUGUCUUUCUGAGGACACCCUCCUUCAGGUGUGCUUUGUCCUGUUUUCAGUGAGAGAGAUCCUUUCUAAGGAAAGGAAUCCUGGCGUAUUUGCUUGGGUAGCAUCCAGGUUUUUACCAUUAACCAAUACUUAUAAAUAUGUUAAACCCAUAGUUCAUAAAGUAUUAGUUUUCCUGCCCUUCUUCACAUAGAGUUUUUUAAAAAAUUAUAGUGUAGCUUUUCAUUUGACAUUGAGCUAAAAGUCUUCAAGGAAGAGGACCUUGUUGCUCUUUGUAACUUGAACACAGAUCAACACUUGCGGUUAGUCUUACAUGGCCAUUUAUCAGGUGGUCAUAGUAUGAGGUGUUCAUUUGUUUCUUAUUAGCAAAUUAUGUUUGGUUUUUAAACUAUAAAGUGCUAAUAGUUUAGAUGAAAACUGAAGAAAAAUGCCAAUGUGAAGUUUGUGUGUAGCUAGCCUUUAAACAGCUCGAUGUUUUUAGUCGUGUUCCCCCACUCCCCACCCCGCCCGCCCAACCUGUUCUCUGGAGUAACAAAGAAGAUGGGACAUCUUAAUUCCAGAUGUAAACAAGUAAUUUUUAUUUCGACAUUGAAUACAACUGUUGUUACUGUGGAAGCUUGUCUUGUCUUUUUUCUUUCCCUCAUACAAAUGAUAGAGAAUAGCUUUCCCUCAAAUGAUUGGCUCCUGGAUGUGUCAUUCUGUGUUAGCAAAAUGCUCUUAAAGUGUAAUUCUUGAAUUUAGGUUAAAUCAAUGACUUUUUAAAACAAAACCAAAAAGAAACACUGGACAUUUCAACACUGUAUUGUUUUUGCAAACACACAUAGGAGACUAGUGCCAAAAGAACCCUGCCACUUUUUAAAUCUUUGCAACUUAGUCACUUAUUUUUAUUUUCAGUAUUGAAAAUAUUAACCUGUUUACUCAUAUUGUUUUUACACUGUAAAAUUCAGUGACUGUGUUUAAAAUCUUCCUUUACAAUGCUACUUAGUCAUCAUCAAGAGAAGACAAAACUAGUGUCUUACCUCUGAAGUAUUGUGCAGGCCUCAGUGUGGAGAUUCUCUGCGGUCAGUUUGCCCUGUCAGUCAGAUGUUUGCUUUCCAGCUUACUGCUGUUGUGUGUCAAUUUUUUUCAAACAACCAUCACGAGUAAGGGCUUCUUUCAAAUAUCCCUGAUGAUAUUUUGGGCAUCAAUUUACCAUAAACGUAUAUAUUCCUAUUUUGUAUGAGUGCCUCAUUUUGUAGUCAUGCAAGUAAUAAAACACUGUAGAAGAAAAUAUAAUAACUAAGGCCUAGGAGUGACUGUAGUAGAAGCUAAAUAGAAUACUUAGGCAUUUGGGAUGUCAAUUUUCUAUCGAAUCAAACACCUUAGAUACCUAGACCAAUUUUAUAUGUAUACAUUAAAAAUGUUCCCUUUUUUAUGUGGUCAUUUGUUGCCUUCUGAGUUGAUAGAACAAAACUGAAUAAAGUGGAUGUUAGUUG